AGACGUUGGAAACGUGGUGGAAGCUCUGUACGGGGACCUUCCUCCCCCCAUCAUGCUGAUCGGGCACAGCAUGGGAGGGGCCAUCGCAGUGCACACGGCGGUCGCAAAUUUGGUGCCAAGUUUACUGGGUCUGUGCAUGAUCGAUGUUGUGGAAGGUACAGCCAUGGAUGCGUUGAACAGCAUGCAGAACUUCUUAAGGAGUCGUCCCAAAACGUUCAAGUCACUUGAGAACGCCAUUGAGUGGAGUGUCAAAAGUGGACAGAUAAGAAAUCUUGAAUCUGCCAGAGUUUCUAUGGUGGGCCAAGUCAAGCAGUGCGAAGGGGCCGCCAGUCCUGAGUGUCCUAAAGCCAUAGUGGAGGGGAUUAUUGAAGAAGAGGAGGAGGAGGAGGAGGAGGAGGAAGGGGGAGGCUCUGUCAACAAAAGGAAGAAAGAAGAUGACACAGAGACUAAGAAGGAGCACUUAUACACGUGGCGAAUCGAACUGGCGAAAACAGAAAAGUACUGGGAUGGCUGGUUCAGGGGUUUAUCUAACCUCUUCCUGAGCUGUCCAACUCCAAAGCUUUUGCUUUUAGCUGGUGUUGACAGGCUGGAUAAAGAUCUAACAAUUGGACAGAUGCAAGGGAAGUUUCAGAUGCAGGUCCUCCCGCAGUGUGGCCACGCCGUCCAUGAGGAUGCUCCAGACAAGGUUGCUGAAGCUGUUGCAACGUUCCUGAUCCGUCACAGGUUUACAGAGCCCAUCGGUGGAUUCCAGUGUGUGUUUCCUGCUUGUUAAUACCCUGGUGUUCUCCAGCACUGAGUCCUGUUGUAAAUAAACUGCACCAGAGGCCACUGUGAUGUAUCCAUAUCCUUUCAUCUCUCCAGUUCAGCAGCAGUGAGAAGUUGGUGUGAGAUUCAUCCCCUAGAACUAGUUCUCCGGAAUGUGUAAGUGCUUAGGGACUUCCUUGCUGGGAAGCAGCUUGUACUGAAGACCAUGAAAAGCUCUUCAGGCCCUUGGAAGCGGGCUCCUCUCUGCUGCCACAAGGAAAGACCUCCUGAAAUCCCAAGCAGUCGAUCAUACCGAUCUCUCCCAUUGAUUCUCAGGCUUUCUUGGACCCAACGGCAAAGGGGCCGUUGGCAGUCCAGAUCCACCGAGGGCAUUGCAGCACAGCCAAAGGCUUCAGGAUUUCUCCAUGGAAUCGUCUAAUUGUCUCUGAAGUGCCCCUUAGGUUUGUUUUUUAUAUACAGGUUUCUUUUCCCCUAAGGCAGAGGAGGAAUCGGCUUCAUCGGGAGCUCAGGUUUCGUCUCACCAAUGCCAGCCUUACGAGUUGAGCUG